CCAGUCUAGAUUUGACCUUCCAUAACGCGCGAGAGAAAGCCCUCCAGCGGUAUCACAAUGGUUUCACCGUACGGUUUAGCAGCUGCCGUCUGCUAGUGAAUGCGUUUGCAACCGGAAGGCAGAAUGUUGCGGCCAGUGCUUUUCUGCCAGUGAAGUGAUACGCUAAACGUCCGGAAAAUCUCACCACAAACCUGUUUUCGUGUUCGAUUUCCCCGUAUCCGUAUGCUGUUGCAUCUAGGCACACAUUCUUUCGAUCGGCGUUGUGAGUAGUGCUGCUGUAGAAAGUGUAACUCCCCACACCGAACGCGUAGUACCCACACACCAACCUUUUGGUGCAAGUGAAGCAGCGCUGUCCAUGCUGGUCUGGCAUGUCCGACGGCAUCGCAAAGCAAAUGGAGCGCAAGUGUGGAUAUAUGGCUUGUUGAAUCGAAAACCCAUCACCAUACCGUGCUAAGCAGAUGGUGCGCACCGUGGCCGAGGGUCGUGUGAAAAACGAUAUAAAAUGAGAAGAAAAUUCGAACGCACACACAGGUGACCAUCGUAGAAACGUGCGCCAUCUUGAAUUUUCCCUACGUCACGUUUCCGUAGCUGGGACAGUAGAGUGACGUGGGGAAGGGCAGCGAGUAGUAGUGGGUGAGAGUUAACAGUACGAAGCAGAGGAGAGAAGGAAGGAGUGAAAGGAAAACCAUCCAGGCCGUGAAUGGUCAGGGCAGAACGGCCAAACUUACCUUUCAGCCCGAGCACUGCUCACGUGAGAGCUUUCCGUCGGUGCGCCUACGGAAGCAAGCGUUACGAGAGAGAGAUAGAGAGUGAGAGAGAUUGAAAAGGAGAGAAGGAGAGAUACAGAAGGACAGACACGCACACACACGCAGUGAGUCUAUUGAACGAUGUCCAACGACGCACUGUGGGUGUCUGACGCCAUGUUGGACUCACUCAGUAUGCAACUUCGGGAUGCCGAAGCACGACGAGCAGAAGCAGAACGUGCACACCAGGAAGCUCUGGCACAGCUCAGAGGUAUGUCGUCCGGCAUGGGUAGGAUAAGUGAACCGAUAGAAACGUUGCAGUCCAGAGCCCGCGAGUUGGAGAAGAAGGCUGCGCUCGAAACAGUUCGGUGCGAGGAGCUACAGCUCGAACUAUCAGCCGCGCUAAAAUCACGACCAGGCCGUACGAUCGGCUCUGGCGGCCAUGGUGGAUCAAGCGGUACAAUGCUCGGUGGCCUGAGCGAUAGCAUGACCGGAGUGCGGGGCACCAUCGGCAAUAGCUGCACCGCCGUCACCAAUCCAUCGUCAGCCAGUGCAACGCUCAACAGCAUCGGUAGCAGUGCGUACGGGCACACGGCGAGCUCGGUCACGACCAACACUAGCGCUCUCGAGCGAUCGCUAGCGGCCUCGUAUGGCGGUGGCACGUCUGUGGGCAGUGGAUCCGGAAGCCGUGGCAUCGACGGCAUUGGCAGCAGUAUCGGCCACAGCACAAGCAUCGGCAUGAGCAGUAGCAGUGGCAUAGGGACCGGCAGCACGGGCAACACUGGCGGCAGUACCGUCACCUGGGCGCCCACACCGACCGGCCACCAGCAGGGGACCGAGAUUGAUAGAAUAAUGGCAAAGAUCGAACAGGCACGUUUAUCCAUUGCUAAUGACAAUCGCAUACUGGCCGAGCUCGAGCAUCCACGCACAACUGGACCGAUCAUGUCGUCGGCCCUCGGUACCAGCGGUCUCACGAGCGUUUCGACCAGCCUCGGCCUGUCCUCGCACCAGUCGCACCUACACCAGACGCCAUCGAGCCUGGCAUCGCAGAUCUCUUCCUCGGCAAUGCUGGGCGGUCUGUCCGGGCUGACCGGUGCCACUACCGGGCUCGGUAUGAACUCGAUCGGGCUGGGUGGUAGUGGCCCGGGUGCUAGUGCUGGUGUCAGCUCGGCCAUGGCCGCCGGCAUCAGCUCCAUCACGGGCGGCGUCAGCUCGAUGGGUGUAACGUCCAGCACCAGCAGCCACGCGUUGACGGACGGACAGUACAGUGGACUGACGUCCUCUACUGGCGGGAGCAGCACUAAUCACUACUCGACCAACGCCAACGUUUCACCACUGCCAAGCCGGGCCAAUCCAAUGAGCACCACCAUGCCACCCCUCUGCCAGAGUACGACCAUGCCCGUCCUGUCGCUACACAACACGCACUCGAUACCGUCGGGUUCGGCUAGCUACACGCUCGGGCUGAGCGUGGCUCCGGUCGCCUCGUCGUACACCUUCCCGACGCACUCGGCCACCACCGGCGGGCUGGCGAGCGUGCUCGGCACCACGUCCGGCGUCACCGGGGCGGGCGUGUCCGGGCUGAGCGGGCUGGGCAGCGGGCUGGGGACGGGCGCCGGGCUCAAUCUUACCUCCACCAAUCCGCUCACCAGCACGCUCGGCACGAACCUGACCAACUACAACACCAGCUCGUCCUACUCGACCUACACGAACCCGCUGCUGAGCGGUACCGGCGGCAUCAGCUCGAAGCUCAACAUGAA